GUGAGAGCGGAGCAAUAGAUUCACAGCCAUAAUUUUUUUCCCGAAGCCUACAAACUCCUCAUACAUCUAUUAACGUUACCAAUGAGACUCUUCUAAAAAAUUCAACGUAAAUUGUUGUGCGAGUACCCUCAGGGAAUGUGGUUAUUGUAGAUUCAUUCUUGUGGCAAAUUCCAGUUUUCCCGUGAUUUGAAAACCAGGAAAAUUUUAACACCGAGUGUCUUAUGUGAAACCCGCCAUUGUUUGUAGACUAUGGAGGAGGGAGGAGAUCAAUUCAGAGUGCUCGAAUUCUACAGUGGUAUUGGAGGCAUGAGGUUUUCACUUAAGCAGUCUAGAAUUCAUGCAACAGUUGUGGAAGCAUUCGACAUCAACAACAUUGCCAAUGAGGUUUACAAGCACAAUUUUGGGCAUUCACCGUGCCAGAGGAAUAUCCAGAGUUUAACUGCUGCUCAACUAGACAAUCUCAAGGCACAUGCAUGGUUAUUAUCUCCUCCAUGCCAGCCAUAUACACGGCAAGGCUUACAGAAAGAUGCUGAAGAUGCUCGUGCAUAUUCUUUCUUGAAGAUAAUUGAACUUAUUCCAUCAAUGUUGUACCCUCCAACUAAGCUGUUUGUGGAGAAUGUAGUUGGUUUUGAGUCCUCGAUAACACACAAGCAGUUGAUGGAGGUUUUAGUGAAAACUGGGUUCACUACGCAAGAAUUCAUCUUGAGUCCUCUUCAGUUUGGUGUACCAUAUUCCCGUCCUCGUUACUUCUGCCUUGCUAAAAAAAUGCCGUUGUCAUUUCCAAGGCCAGAAUUCAAUGGAAAGUUGGUCUCAAGUAUCUGGCCACUUAUUACAGGAAGAGGAGAUACUUUAACUGAUUCUCAUGUAUCUCUGAAUGCUAUAAAUGAGAAUGAGGUGGAAUUGGAUAGUCAUGCUCUAUGCAGACCCAUCAAGGAUUUUCUUGAAUUUGAUAGUUCCAGAAAUAAUGGCUCUAGUUGCAUAGAAAUGGAUUCCUCAAGAACUUUUUGUGAAAACAUUACUACUGUGGAAGUUGGUAAUGAUUUUAAAGACUACUGUACUAAACAAGGAUUUUCUGAGAUAGGUGAAAAAGAGAUACUAGUUCAUUCAAGCAAAUUUUGCAGUCCAGAAGACUAUGACUACAAUGGGGCAACUGCUGAAAAUGGCUCUUAUAUAUCAAACAAAAUCAAAGACAACAAUAUGAGUUCCAAGUGGGAUCAAUACAGGAUACCAGUGAGCUUGAUUGAAAGAUGGGGCGAUGCCAUGGACAUUGUUUUUCCUGACUCAACACGUUGUUGUUGUUUUACUAAAAGCUAUAGCCGCUAUGUCAAGGGUACUGGUUCAUUUCUUGCAACUGCCAAGGUGAAAGAUAAUUUAAGCGAUCCACCUACAAAAACAGAUGAUGAGAGGCAAGGAGAGCAAAUCAAGUCUACUUUAUUGCAGGAACUUGAUUUGAGAUAUUUCACACCUCGUGAGAUCUCUAAUCUGCACUCCUUUCCAGGAGAAUUCGAAUUUCCAGAUCAUGUUAGUCUGAGGCAAAGGUAUGCAUUGCUUGGCAACAGUCUUAGUGUUGCUGUAGUGGCACCUUUAUUGAAGUACCUAUUCACGGAUUAGGCCUUCAAUUUUGAGGAAGCAUUUUUUUGCAGACAGAAACAAAUAUUCUAAUUGAGUAUGUUAGAGCUUGAAACACAAUUAGAAUGGGACUUAUGUUGACAUACACAUUAUGUCGCGCCAUCUACUCUGACAGAUUAAGUGUCGGGAAGCAAAUGCACUCGAUGGAAAUUAAAUAAAAUUGUCAGGGGAACGUACUUCUUUGUAGAGGAUAUUAUGGAUUGGGAUGUUUAAUUUUCUCGUGUUAACCUAUUUUAACUGCAUGUGGGACAGUCUAUUACAGUCUGUUUCUGAUAAGUUUCUUAUUGUUUACUUACAUAAAACAUUUUGUUUUCUUCUGAAAAAGUAUAAACUUAUAUCAAUAUAGAACUCUGAGGUAUACAAGACAGGAAUACCUAUAGUUGAAUGACUAUCCAAGAGAAAAAGAGAAGCUAUUCAACAGCAGGACAUUACAAAGGAGCUAAAGCGUUCAGUUAGAGCAUGUUUUAGCUAUGCCCAGCACGAAAAGCUUAACUUUCCAUAAUAUAUGGAGCUUUUCAGAUAUUGUUCAUUUUUUCAUGUACGAUACUUCAUACAACGUAUUGAUGAUUGAUUUAACUGUGAGGUAAGUGCAACUUACCUCGUGGAAAAUGCUGAGUUGCCAUGAUGAUGAAGCAGAGAUAUGAGGUUUGAAGAGUAUCUGUCUUUUUUCCUCAUGAUCCGUGAUUAUGUCUUUUUGAAGUUUCAGGCACAAGCGAACCAUUGAUUGCCAACAAGGAUUUUUCAUUUAAUGAA